AUCUAAAGGUGAUGAUCCCUCUCUUUUUGCCUCUCUUGCUAUCUCAAACCAUCUCUUGUUAUUCCUCUAGUGAGGUGAAGUCAUGGUGUGGCAAGAUGCCUUACUCACAAUCGUGCGAGUACUUCUUGAGCCAAAGCCCUAAGCAAACCCCUCUCAAGCAAAAAUCCGAUUUCCUCAGGGCUUCGAUGCAGGUCGCCCUCGAGAGGGCUCAGCUCGCCUGGACCAACACGUACUCGCUAGGUCCCAGGUGUCGCAACGAGCAUGAGAGGGUUGCGUGGGCCGACUGCCUCCAGCUUUACAAGCACACAAUCCUCCGCUUGAACCACACCAUCAACCGCCAGUGCACUCAGGACGAUAAACAGACAUGGCUCAGCACCGCCUUGACCAACCUCGAGACUUGCCGGGCCGGGUUCGUCGAGCUUGGUGUCUCAGACAAUGUUUUGCCCUUGAUGUCGAAUAAUGUCUCUGAGUUGAUAAGGAACAUUCUGUCUGCAAACCAUGUGCCCUACGUUAUGCCGAACUACACUAAUGAGUUCCCCACUUGGGUGAGGCCCGGCGACCGGAAGCUCUUGCAGUCUUCAUCCGCGGCAUCUAAGGCUAAUAUUGUGGUGGCCCAAGAUGAUUCAGGGAACUAUAAGACAAUUAGCGAAGCUAUAACCACAACAUCGAAGCGGUCUGGCACAACAAGGUACAUAAUUUAUAUCAAGGCCGGUAUGUAUAAUGAGAAUGUUGGAGUUGGAACCAAUUUGGUGAACAUUAUGUUUGUGGGUGAUGGUAUUGGAAAGACCAUAAUUACUGGAAGCAAAAGCGUUGGUGGCGGAUCUACUACCUUCAACUCGGCAACAGUGGCUAUCGUUGGCGAUGGAUUCAUUGCCCAAGACAUCACUUUCCGCAACACUGCCGGUGCAGCAAAUCACCAAGCAGUGGCUUUGCGUUCCGGCUCCGACCUCUCGAUCUUCUAUCAAUGUGGCUUUGAGGGUUAUCAAGACACCCUUUAUGUUUAUUCUGCGCGACAAUUCUACAAAGAGUGCGACAUCUAUGGCACAGUUGACUUCAUCUUUGGAAAUGCUGCCGUCGUUCUCCAAAACUGCAACAUCUAUGCUAGAAACCCUCCUAACAAGGUCAAUACCAUCACUGCACAAGGCCGAACUGACCCCAACCAAAAUACUGGCAUCUCUAUCCACAACUGCAAAGUCACUGCAGCUUCAGACUUGACAUCGGUUCAAAGCUCUGUCAAAACGUACCUCGGGAGACCGUGGCAAAAAUAUUCAAGAACUGUUUUCUUGAAGACUUACCUUGAUAGUUUAAUUGACUCGGCUGGUUGGUUGGAGUGGAAUGGUAGCUUUGCCCUUACGACUCUAAACUAUGGCGAGUAUAUGAACACGGGCCCCGGGUCAUCGACCACAAAUAGGGUCAAGUGGAUAGGUUACCAUGUCAUCACGAGUGCAACAGAGGCCUCAAAGUUCACUGUCGGGAACUUCAUCGCCGGUGGCUCUUGGUUGCCCGCCACUGGCGUGCCUUACAUCUCUAGCCUUUAAGCUUUGCAAAGGCAGAAAAUCAUAGCGAAGCACAAAGCUUGGUCACAAGUCGAUGGUGCUUAGCGUAUAUGCAGUAUAUAGAAUCCAUGAAUACAGAUAUAGAUAAUAAGCGC